AUGUCACCCACUCUUAACGUCAAGGGCAGCGACUCUGGUGCUGCGCGGAUCCUCGGUUCUGGAACGUCAGGUAUCGCGGAGCUCUUGGUAUUCCACCCGGUGGACACCAUUGCGAAGCGACUCAUGAGUAACAAGUCGAAGGUGUCUAUGUCUACGCUCUCCCCGAUCAUCUUCAGGGAGCAUGCCACGGCGCCGCUCGCGACGAAGCUGCUCUCGCUCUUCCCUGGUCUUGGCUAUGCUGCAGGGUACAAGGUCACCCAGCGGAUAUACAAGUACGGCGGGCAGCCGUGGUUCAGCGACGUCAUCUCGCGGAACUACAAGACGCAGUUCACGAACAUCUUCGGCGAGCGCAAGGGCAAGAUGAUGAUGCAGGCGACUGCUGGCAGCUUGACUGGUAUCGGCGAGGUCGUCCUCCUUCCAUUGGACGCCCUCAAGAUCAAGCGUCAGGUGAACCCUGAGGCCUUCCGCGGGCGAGGCGUCGUCCGCAUCUUCCUAGAGGAGGGCACCACGCUUUACCGUGGGUGGGGCUGGACCAUGGCACGGAACGCACCUGGAUCUUUCGCUCUCUUCGGUGCAUCCGCAGUGACGAAGGAUUACCUCUUCGGGAUCGAGGACUACCACAAGGCGACGUGGGGCCAGAACUUCGUCGCAUCCAUCGCGGGCGCGGUCGCGUCGAUCACGGUCGCCGCGCCGCUCGACACGAUCAAGACGCGCAUCCAGAACGCGAACUUUGAGAGCAAGGUCAGCGGCAUGACAGUCGUGAAGGAGCUUAUCAGGAACGAGGGCCCGACCGCGCUCUUGAAGGGUCUUACGCCCAAGAUCCUCGUGGUCGGCCCGAAGCUCGUGUUCAGCUACACCCUGGCACAGUCGCUCAUCCCCUGGUUCUCGAAAUACGUCUGA